AUGGAUGCGGUAAAGACUAUGGGCACACAGGUGCUGGCUUUGACUCGAGCAUUCACCCCAUUGGUGAAUUCUUCAGUAGGCCAGGUCAUGCCAGCUCAGACCACGGCUCAGGCAGCUCGGAGAACAGUUCAGACAGCUAGGACGGCAGCUCAAGUACCUGAGGCAGCUGCACAAGUAGCUCGGACAGCUUCGCGGAUAGUCGAGGAUCGAUCUACGGUCGAUGCAGAGGUAAUGGAUAUCGACCCACCAGCUCGGCCAUCUAGGAGAGUUGAUUACCUGAGCUUGUUAGUUCACAUAUCCAAGUUGGGCACGAAGCAGUUUGCUGGUACGGUUGAUCCCAUUGAGGCAGACGAGUGGAGGAGCAGAUUGACUCGAAAUUUCAGCUCGACUCGUUGCCCAGAAGAGUAUAAGAAGGAUAUUGCAGUUCACUUUCUGGAAGGUGACGCACACAACUGGUCGUUAGCUCUAUACAAACGUACCAACGGGUCUAUUGAGCGUUUCUCAGACUUUGAGGUUGAGUUUAACCACAAGUAUUUUCCAGCUGAAGCUUGGGAUCGUUUGGAGUCUCAGUUCUUGGAUCUGACUCAAGGACGCAUGACAGUGCGUGAUUAUGAGGAAAAGUUCAACCGGUUUAGACGCUAUGUGGGUAAGGAAUUGGAAGAUGAGAUGGUUCAGGUUCGCCGGUUCGUCAGAGGCCUAAGGGUCGAACUCCGAACCUACUGCUCAGUUGGUAUUUAUCACACAGUGUCUGAGAUAGUAGAGAAGAUGGCUAUGGUGGAGACCAAUCUGGCCGACGAGGCCAAGCUGAAGUCAAGGAGCCACACGGCUUCUAGUGGUACUGGAAGUGACCGGAAGAGGAAGAGGGACUCGGCCGAGGAGGGUAGAACCUCAAGUGGACAUUUCAAACGAGAAUGUCCCAAGCUCCAAGCAGAACAGGAGAAGGGCCACGGUGAAGCAAGCAAGCCAAGCCAGAGCCGGGGCCAGACCUCCACACCAAGGGUGUACGAGCUGUCCAAGGAUGCGGAUGAGACUAAACCAUUCAAGGCGAUCACUGGGACCCUAAGUAUUGGUGGUGUGGAUACACACGUACUUUUUGAUACUGGAGCUGCACAUAGUUUUGUGAGUCCAGAGUUGAUCGGAAAGAGGUUGUUCCAGAUUGGGACAGGGGAUGAUCCAUGCAUAGUGAAUGCAGCCGGAGGGCAAGUGAUGCAUUCGCUAGGGCUGGUUAAGGACAUCCCAGUUAUGAUCCAGGACAGGGUAAUGCAUGUGGAUCUGGUGGUAGUCCCCCUUAAGAAUCACGAGGUUAUAUUGGGUAAGAACUGGCUUGGAAAGAAUCGGGCCACCUUGGAUUGUCACUGGGGAAGGGUGCAGUUCGAGAGUGGGUUUGGACCCCCGAUCAGGUUCCAAGGUAUUAAGCUGACCUCUGGUUGCUUAGUGGUAUCAGCGAUCCAAGUGGAACAGAUGCUCGAGAAGGGUUGUGAGGCUUACUUGGCAACAAUCACCACUAAGGAGGUCGUGUGGGGUGGUGACCCACAUGGGAUUCCGCUGGUCAAUGAGUUCGAGGAUGUGUUUCGGGCGCUACAGGGGACGGUCCCAAUGUCUAAAAGUCCCCAUCGAAUGGCUCCUGCCAAGAUGGCCGAGCUAAAGAAACAACUAGAGGAGUUGUUGGACAAGGGGUUUAUACGCCCAAAUGUCUCGCCUUGGGGAGCACCAGUUCUUUUGGUGAAGAAAAAGGAUGGUAGCUUCAGGAUGUGUAUUGAUUACAGAGCGUUGAAUAGGGUGACUGUGAAGAACAAGUACCCAUUACCCCGGAUUGAUGAGUUGUUGGAUCAGCUUAAGGGAGCCAAAUGGUUUUCCAAGAUUGAUUUGGCCUCGGGGUAUCAUCAGAUCCCAAUUGAGCCCAAUGAUGUAAGGAAGACGGCGUUCCGGACCAGGUACGGCCACUAUGAAUUUGUGGUCAUGACAUACGGUCUGACCAAUGUUCCAGCUGCCUUCAUGAAGAUGAUGAAUGGUAUCUUCCGAGACUUCCUGGAUGAAUUUGUAAUCAUCUUCAUAGAUGACAUACAUGUAUAUUCCAGAAGCAAAAAGACCAUGAGAGGCAUCUCAGGGCAGUGUUGGAACGGCUGA